AACAACUCGAAAGUCCGUCUCGCAGACCCACUCGCUGUGGUGUUUUUUUGCAUUGUCUGUUUCCUCUAAAGUUAUAAAUUCGUCAUAGCAAAUUGUUCAUAGCAAGCUGAGAGACGCCUGCACGCCAUCGCGACUCCGUUUACAGCAAUGCAGUUGUGUGGGGAUACUUCAGUUUACUUCGUCUUGAGCCGGAGGACUAGAGCGUGGUAACAGCGCGCAAUAGCAGAGAUCUGAAGCCAAGAAGUGCCUUGCGCUGGGGAAAACGACUCUUCGCGAAUGUCUGUAUAGAAAGGAGUAGUCUGUAACCGUUAUCCACCUUUCAGGGUUUUUAUAUGGAAUAACAAUACUCUUCUCUUUAUGGACAUUUAAUUAUGCUCAUGCAUAACUUACGAGAACGGAUUUUCAGGAUCCGUGAGCAUGGAGUGCACGUUAUGUCUGAAAUGAUAUGAAAACCCCGGGACUUUACUUGCCUCUUUCUUUGGAAUACUCUGGCUUUCAUUUGGGUAACACAAUGGCAACAUUUUGGACUGUACUUCAACUGAAGUUAUCGUGAUUCUUCUUUGGGACACUCAAGUUCACUAAUAUAUUAGCGAUAGAUGACAUUGUCCUUCGGGGUGCAACAACAACAACUCGUGUGGAACAUUAAAACAGGGAUUUUACCUCGUUGUAUCUGAGGAAAUUCUGAACACCUAACGUCCCCGUUUACGACAAAAUUGGGCUAUUUUCAUGACUUAAGUGUAUUUUACGGAGAAACGAUGACGCUUUCGUCCGGUAAGCUGACUUUCCUUUGCCUGUUGCUGGCGUGCGGAGCGGCGCUCAGCUCCGUCAUCAGCUCGCUGGACCCGGAGCAAACGGGGGAGGGUCGCUGCCAGAAGAUUGCCAUCCCCAUGUGCAAGGACAUCGGCUACAACCUGACGGUCAUGCCCAACCUGAUGGGGCACGAAGACCAAAACGAGGCGGCCCUCCAGCUCCAGGAGUUCGCUCCUCUCAUCCAGGUGGGCUGUCACAGCCACCUGCGCUUCUUCCUGUGCUCCCUGUACGCGCCCAUGUGCUCGGAGAAGGUGUCCAUGCCCAUCCCGUCGUGCCGCGUGAUGUGCGAGCAGGCGCAGCAGAAGUGCUCGCCCAUCCUGGAGAAGUUCAACUUCCACUGGCCGGACUCGCUGGACUGCUCGCGGCUGCCCACCAAGAACGACCCCAACCACCUGUGCAUGGAGGCCCCCAACAACGGCUCCGACGAGCUGUCCGACUUCCAGCCCAAGAGGACCAGCAGCGCGGCGGGUGGAGGAGCAGGAGGAGGAUCAGGAGGAGGCGCGGGAGGAGGAGGAGGCGCGGCGGGCGGCGUAGGUGGCGGCGGCGGCGGAGGAGGAGUGACAGGUAGCGGUCGCAAAGACGGGGUCAACAAAGACGACGCCGGCCGCGACGCGUCGACGUGCGGCGGAGGCGACCCGCGCAAGUUCCACUACGUCCAGAAGAGCGGCGCCUGCGCUCCCCGCUGCUCGCCGCGCGUGGACGUCUACUGGAGCCGCACGGACAAGCGCUUCGCCGCCGGCUGGAUGGCCGCCUGGUCCGUCCUCUGCUUCGCCUCGUCCGCCUUCACCGUGCUCACCUUCCUCGUGGACCCGCAGCGCUUCCGCUACCCCGAGCGGCCCAUCAUCUUCCUCUCCAUGUCCUACUGCGUCUACUCGCUGGGCUACCUCGUGCGCCUGUCCGUGGGCUCGGACAGCGUGGCCUGCGACAGCGACGCCGGCGUCCCGUACAUCAUCCAGGAGGGCCUGGAGAGCACCGGCUGCACCGUGGUCUUCCUCGUCCUCUACUACUUCGGCAUGGCCAGCUCCAUCUGGUGGGUCAUCCUCACGCUCACCUGGUUCCUGGCGGCCGGCAAGAAGUGGGGCCACGAGGCCAUCGAGGCGCACAGCUCCUACUUCCACCUGGCGGCGUGGGCCGUGCCGGCGCUCAAGACCAUCCUCAUCCUCACCAUGCGGAAGGUGGCGGGCGACGAGCUGACGGGCCUGUGCUACGUGGGCAGCCUGGACGCCGAGGCGCUCACGGCCUUCGUGCUGGCGCCGCUGGCGUGCUACCUGGCGGCGGGCACCUGCUUCCUGCUCUCGGGCUUCGUGGCGCUCUUCCACAUCCGGCGGGUGAUGCGCACGGGCGGCGAGAACACGCACAAGCUGGAGCGGCUGAUGGUGCGCAUCGGCGUCUUCUCCGUGCUCUACACCGUGCCCGCCACCUGCGUCAUCGCCUGCUACUUCUACGAGCGCCUCAACAUGGCGCACUGGCGCGCGCUGGCCGUGGAGCAGAGGUGCCUGGACGGGAGCGGAGGCUCGUCGGCGUCGUCGGCGUCGGCGGCGUCGGCGUCUUCGUCGUCGUCGGCGGGGACGUCGGAGGCGGAAGGCGGCCGAGGGGGCGUGGCGUCGGGCGAGGAGGGUGGCGAGUGCCUGCUGAGGAGCUCCAUACCCGCCGUGGAGAUCUUCAUGGUCAAGGUGUUCAUGCAGCUGGCCGUGGGCAUCACCAGCGGCAUGUGGGUGUGGACGUCCAAGACGCUGCAGUCCUGGCAGGGCCUGUUCGGCCGCAAGCUGCGCAAGCGAACGCGCCGCAAGGCCGCCUGCGUCUUCACCGGCGCCGGGGGACGCUACCUCAAGCCCCCGCCGGCCGCCGCCGGACUCAAGGGCCACCACGCCGGGAAGUACGAGGCGCCCGGGGCUGGACCCACGGCCACCUGCGUCUGACCCACACACACACACACACACACACACACCCACACGCGCACACACACUCUGCAAGCUCUUGCCUCUAAUCAGUUUCCUGAGCAACUUUGGGGCCCUCUGAGGAAACACAUAUUGUUUCAUAUUUAUUGUGUUUUUUUAUUUUCCUUCCUAUGACCACUCACACUAAACAAAAGGACUGACUGGGAAACUGACUCUUAUGUAUCUCUGCGAUGCCUAGAAGGCUGUUUAAAGCAGUCUCACUGCUUACCCCAUUGACCUUAAUCCAGUCACAGAACUGAUGGAUUUCAGCAGAGACACAUAAAGGAAGACACUGAAAUCUAAAGGGUGACAAAGGUGAACCAGUCUGACUGGGUGAUGUUUUUUGGGAAAUACCGUUCCACUGAGUGAAGAGAGGAACUGUUUAGCACUGCACACAUAUUUUAGAUAUGAUGGACUUCAGACGAUAUGGACCGAGGGGUCAUUAAGAUUGUAUCUUCUCUGUGCCGGAGAGCCCUGCGUGGACACAGGCGCGGAUACCUCUCUUACUUCAACAGGAAAUGGGGGACGUGGGACUAAGAUCACAGGGGUCCUUCGUUUGCGCAUGGACACCUACCUGCCUGUGGCCAAAGUGAACGCGGACUGUAAGCAAAAUCAAAAAAAGCACUAGAUUUGACAAAACAAAAGAGACGAGAGGGGCCAUGUUGGAUGUUUUCGUUUUAGUUUUGGAGGUUUUUUUGUACAGUGAAUCCUUUCGCUCCUUUGACCCUCGCCUACCCCUGUUUCUGGCUCUUUUUAGCACAAACACAUUGUAUAUAUUUCUAAAAAAAAGUUGAUAUUUUAUAAGAAUAAAUAAAGCUUUCUAGUUUUGAAA